UUCGGCAACAUGGGAGACGUUGUGGGAUUUAUUCUAUACGGAUACUAAGAACCGCUGGGAAAAUGGCAGAGAGGCUGGAAUGGGUGGAAAUCAUCGAGCCGCGUACGCGGGAGCGCAUGUACGCCAACCUGCUGACGGGCGAGUGCGUGUGGGACCCGCCGCAGGGCGUACGCAUCAAACGCACCGGCGACAACCAGUGGUGGGAGCUGUUCGACCCCAACACGUCCCGCUUCUACUACUACAACGCCUCCACCCAGCGCACCGUGUGGCACCGGCCGCAGGGCUGCGACAUCAUCCCGCUGGCCAAGCUGCAGACGCUGAAGCAGCACACCGAGGGCGGCACGCCCCGCCCUGCCGGAGGGGGCGGGGGGAGGGCGUCGGCCGACAACAGCCCGGGACGCAACAGCGGGGUGAGCCGAGAGGGAAGCACCUCGUCCUCAUUGGACCAGGAGCUGACGGACAAACAGGGCAGCCGGGACGAGGCGGACAGGACCUCUCCCUUCAGGUGGAACACUGGUACAAAGGAGCGAAUGCUGAUCAAGGUGACGGACAGGGAGCCCAGCUUCCUCGCACACCAGGGUAACGGUUACUCCCCCUGCGACCCCCCCACCACCCCCGCCGCCUCCUCUGGCGGGGGCACCGCCUCCAGAACCCGCCGCUCCUCCGGGGGGAACCCCCCCUCCGAGCCGGACAGCUCACCCGUCCUCUAUGCCGAUCGCCGCCAGUCUCCCUUCCUGAAGCGGGCGGAGCUGGGCGGUGCCGGGACACACCGCCGCUCCUCGGCCGACUCCCAGCCCCCCUCGCCCCGCUACGCCUACGAGCCCCCGCUGUACGAGGAGCCGCCGUCGGAGUACCAGCCUCCGCCCAUCUACGAGGAGCCGCCCACUGACAUAAACCUCUCCGACUCCUCUUUCUACGGCACCGGCAAGUCGCCCGCUCGCAAGUCUUCGGCGCCGCUCUAUCACUCCCCCAAGCAGGCCCAGUCGCCCUACGGCCAGCUGGUUCUGACCCGGCAGAAGUGUCCGGAGAAGACGCAGAGCCUGGAGUACAGCCCGGUGGGCAAGGAGUAUGUCAAGCAGCUGGUGUACGUGGAGCAGUCGUCCUCCAGCCCCCGCUUCAAGACAGCCGACCGCCUGCUGCGAUACGGCACCACGGGCGGCUACGGCGGCUCGUACGGCGGCUCGUACACCCUGCAGCACAGCCAGUCGCUGAUCAGGGACCCACGCCUACUGCUGGACUACAGUGGCGAGGGCGGGGAGGCGGGCCAGAGGCUGCUCUACGAGGACUCCAUCUCCUGGACGUCCAGCCAGAACCACUCCUACUCCUCCUCCACGGGGGGUCCCGGGGCCUUCUCUCCUGGAGGAAACCGCAAGCGCAAGAGCCGCAAGCCGUCGCUGCCGCAGGAGCUGGGGCGCUGCGGGCUGGAGGGCGACGGGGCGGGCACCAUGCCGGAGGCGGUGCUGGCCCAGGCCAGGCUGGCGUGGGAGGCCCAGCAGGUGAUGAAGCAGAGGAGCAGUUGGGACUCGGGGCAGGGAGGGGGGGCGGCACAGGGCAGCGGAAGCUCCAAGGACGGGUAUGAAAGCGACGGGGCGGUGCCGCUGCCGUUACCGGGGCCGGUGGUGAGGGCGUUCAGCGAGGACGAGGCCCUGGCACAGAGCGACGGGCACCACUGGAAACGCAGCACCUUCGAUCGACUGGGAUUCCCUCAAGCCCUGCUGGAGAAAAGCCUGUCGGUUCAGACCAACCUGGCCUCCCCGGAGCCCUGCCUUCACCCCUCACAGUCGGAGGACCUGGGAGCCUGCGCCCAGUUCGAGGCCAGUCGAAAUGCCAGGAACAUGAUGCCGAGCGCCAGCUGCGGGGUCUUCCCAGAAUUCACCCUGAGGAAACCGUCCUCGGAGACCGACAUCGAGAACUGGGCGUCCAAGCACUUCAACAAACACACACAGGGUCUGUUUCGGAGGAAGGUGUCCAUCGCCAACAUGCUCGCCUGGAGCAGCGAGCCCAUCAAGAAGCCCAUGAUCGUCACCUCGGACCGCAACGUGAAGAGGGAGGCGGUGGACAUCUUCAAGCUCAUCCAGACCUACAUGGGAGACCGUCGCUCCAAGGUCGACCCCCUCCAUGUGGCUCUGGAGGUGGUGGUGCGUGGCUGGAGUAACCAGGGCGUGCGUGACGAGCUCUACAUCCAGCUGUGUCGUCAGACCACGGAGAACUUCCGCUACGACAGCCUGGAGCGAGGCUGGGAGCUGAUGGCCAUCUGCCUGGCCUUCUUCCCCCCGACGCCCCGCUUCCACUCCUACCUGGAGGGCUACAUCUACCGGCACAUGGACCCGCUCAACGACACCAAGGGAGUGGCCAUCAGCAGCUACGCCAAAUACUGCUACCGGAAACUAACAAAAGCUGCCCUGACCGGAGCCAAGAAGGGCCUGCAGAAGCCCUGCCUGGAGGAGAUCAAGCAUGCCAGAAACGCCAUCUUCAGCCCCUCCAUGUUCGGCUCGUCCCUGGAGGAGGUGAUGGCUCUGCAGAAGGAGCGAUACCCCGACCGCCAGCUGCCCUGGGUGCAGACCCGCCUGUCCGAGGAGGUGCUGGGCCUCAACGGAGACCAGACAGAGGGCAUCUUCAGGGUUCCAGGUGACAUAGAUGAAGUCAACGCCCUCAAGCUGCAAGUGGACCAAUGGAAAAUCCCCACAGGGCUGGAAGACCCGCACAUCCCAGCGUCUCUCCUGAAGCUUUGGUACCGGGAGCUGGAGGAGCCGUUGAUCCCUCAUGAGUUUUACGAGGAGUGUAUCAGUCACUACGACAGCCCGGAGGCGGCCGUCAACGUGGUGCUGGGCCUGCCGCACAUCAACAAACUGGUGCUCUGCUACCUCAUCCGCUUCCUACAGGUAUUCGCUCAGCCUGCCAACGUGGCCAUCACCAAGAUGGACGUGAACAACCUGGCCAUGGUGAUGGCUCCCAACUGUCUGCGCUGCCAGUCCGACGACCCGCGGGUCAUCUUUGAGAACACCCGCAAGGAGAUGUCCUUCAUCCGGGUGCUCAUCCAGCGGCUGGACACCAGCUUCAUGGACGGGCUGCUAUAG